AUGUCGCGCAAACGCACGAGAGACGAGAUGGAGGCGUCAGAGCCUCAAGAGAAGAAGGAGGAGACCUCGUUACUGCAGAGAAUACGCAAUAUGUGGGAGUUUGCCUCAGUGAUGCAGUUUAUUUUCACAUUCGGCAAGGCCGUCAAGAUCGACGAAGACUUUGACAUCGAGGACUUUGAGAACGAGUGUUUGAAGCCAGGCAACUCGGAGAAACUCGAGGAGAUCGGCCUCACCCUUCUCAAGUGGAUUUCAUCGCAUCGUGGUCUGAAUUACGAUAUUUGGGAUGAAUACACCCGCCGACAGUACCUGGCCAAGGCCCCUCAUCUCAAUCCUUAUGGCGAUGACGAAGAACCCAAGCGGUUUCGAGACUUUGACAUCUGCACUAAGAUUAGGAUCCUUCACCAGCUGACAGUAUGGACAUUCUGGAACCCCGAUCGGAUGAGAGAGAAGAUGUCGGACCAUCCUCGUGAAGCGGACCAGACUGAAUGGCGCAUCGAAGAGUUCGGCUACGACCGAGAAGAUCGACAGUAUUACCUCCUGGAUGACAAUCGCUUCUACAGACGCACUGAACCUCCCCUGCCCGCAGCUCCAAAGGCCAAACCGAAGGCGAAUUCUAAGAAAGCCAUCGCCGCCCGACGCCGGGAAUCUAAGCGGAGAAGAUUGGAGGCGGAAAGCGUCGACACCGAGGAGGAUAACGAAGACAAUACUGAAGAAACAGAGGCCAUCCAAGAAGAAAAGAAGCUUGACUCCUGGGAGAUUGACACCUUCGGCGGCUUCAAGUGGGAAUGCCUCUGCAUAAAUCUUCCCGACUAUCAGGAAUUCUGUGAAUCUCUCAAAAAGAGCAAAGAUGCCAAUGAGAAGAUUCUGCGACAACGAUUGUUGGAUGAAGUCAUUCCGGUCAUCGAAGCCGCGGAGGAGAAGCGACGUCGGAAGAUUGAGCGUCGUGAGAAGGAACUACUCAUGAUGGAGAGGAUGGUCGGUGCUAAACGGUCCAGUCGUCUAGCCGACAAACACGACCGAGAAAGACGAGAUGCUGAACAAGCUGAAAUGGAGAAGAAGAGACAAGCCGACCUCGCCGCUGCUCAUCGCGAACAAGUGAGACAAGAGAAGAUGGAGCAAGAGAGACAAUAUCGCAUGAUGACGCGGGAGCAACGCAUCAAGGACCGUGAAUACAAGCGAUUGCUGAAAGAAGAGGAGCUCGCCCGAGACGAACUGGAGCAGAAGCGCAUCGAGGAAGGCCAGAUCAGAGGGUCCGAUCGAGCUCUCAAGCAGCGCAUGGAACGGAACAAGAAAGAGCUGGAGGACCUUGACGCCGACGAAGACUGGACCUUUGACUGCUCUGGCUGUGGGGUAUAUGGCAAAAACCUUGAUGACGGAACCCACAUUAUCUCGUGCGAGAGAUGUAAUGUCUGGCAGCAUAGCAAAUGCUUGGGCAUCUCAAAGUCGGCGGCAGAGAAGAAAGACUUCCAUUUCGUUUGCAAGGAAUGCAGACAGAAAGAAGAGGACUCAAAGAAGCCCAAGAUCUCCCUCAAGUUCCGUGUUGGUGCGUCGUCGUCGCCGGCUCCUCCAAGUCCGGCACCUGUUCAGUCCACCUUCGUUGGCGUUGAGGUUCCACUUAUGCGAACUCAUGGUCCACAGUCGAAUGGGCACCUUUCAACACCGGGUCAGUCCACUCACCAUCCCCAGCCGUCACCGGUCAACGGGACAUACCAUCAGCAACUUCCUGGGUCACCUCAGCGUCCUCAUCCUGGCUCUCCCCAACAUCCGCAGGGCUAUGGCAGCCGUUCUCUUCACUCGGGCUAUCAAGCAAUCCAGCCUCAUCCUCCCUCCGUGAGCAACAACCAGGCUAGAAGCCCGCCACCUCCUGGUGCGGUUAACCCACCAUCCCACUACAAUGGUGUUUCACAUCAAUAUCAGAACUAUCCCGUCGCCCAGAGGCCCCUGGCACCGUCGCCCAUUCCGAAGCAUUCAGCUUCAGCACCCAAUUCCUCGCCCAAUAGUGCUCGUCUGCCGUCCCCUGUGUUGAAUCGUCCCACUAUGUCUCCGACACAAGGAAAUAUGGACGUCGGUCCAGUUGCGGGCAUUCCUCAGAAAGCCUCUCAAUCUCCCGAGCUCGCAUCAAAUGGCAUCUACGGCCCCGCCAACACGACACCAUCUCAAUCCCAAGUGACUCCUCGAGCGACUCAUCAGAACCAGCUUGCAGACUUGCAUCAGACCCCUAUCUCAAGAACGCCCAACUAUCCACUGUCAGGUCUCUCGCCCAGAAAGCAACAAACACCUGGUCCUCUUCCUGCCCCCAGCGCCAUUCCUCAGAAGUCAGCAACCGCAUCCCCACCUCUAUCCACCUCAUCCACAAUCCAGCACGGUCUCCACCCAACGAAUGAGCCCACAAUGCCCACCGUUACUACCGCCCCUUACCCUGGUGAGAAGCGUUCUGUCAGCGGCACGCCAAUCCUCCCGCCGGUCGAAAAUCUGCGGCCAAGCCCUCAACAGCUACGCAAUUCUAGCUCCAACGGACCAGUGCCGACCCCGAGUAAGCAGCUACAACCACAUCCACACUCGCACGUUGAGGCACCGCUCGCCGCCGAACACAAGGUCAAUGAGCAAGCUUCCACAGCGAAUAUGGCUCAUACUGCUGAUGGCGGAGGUGAGAAACCGGCAGAUGACCCUAGAAAAGAAGCACCUGUGGCAAAGAGAGAGGGUGGUAUUCGCACCGGACCCGAUGCCCUAAAAGAACUCAACCGGCAAACCGAAGUAUUCCAUAACGCUGAGGACGUGUCACAUCCGGGGUCAAGGGAAGUGGUGAUGGAAGACGUGCAGUAA